AUGAAUGGCCGGAUCGUAUGCUUUCCUAGAUUAUGGGAGCUUUCCUGCGAGAUGAACUCGUAUCCCAACUCCCAGUAUUUAGAUUUCAGCGACACGGAUGAGAGCUAUGAAUUCUUCCGUGAAGACGCUCGAAAGAUUGCCUCUUUUCCCCUUCCCGGCCGUCAAGCGGAUCACUCGCAGAAGAAGAGUAGUUUAGCUGGUGCAAUCUGGAGCAGGAUGUCGCAAAGCCUGGACUCUGUGCAAUGCUCUGAGGGCAAGGCGGGAGUUGCUCUUCCUGCAACAGAUGCUCACGUUGAAGAAGCGAUUGAGGCAAUCAAAGCUGAGGAAGUUAUUGCAGUGCCCACGGAUACUCUUUAUGGAUUCGCAUGUGAUGCUUGCUCUUCAGAAGCAGUCAAUAGAAUAUAUGAGAUCAAAGGACGUAAGCAGACAAGUCCUCUAGCAAUUUCUGUUGGUGAUGUAUCCGAUAUAUCCCGCUUUGCCAUUGUCGACCACCUACCUCAUGAUUUGCUCUAUAGCCUCCUUCCUGGACCUGUCACUCUUGUUCUUAAGCGAGGUGAUUCUAGCAUUUUGGAGAAGUCUCUAAAUCCCGGUUUAGACAGUAUUGGUGUUCGUGUGCCAGACUUCGAGUUUAUCAGAAGCAUUGCUCGUGGUUCCGGAAGUGCUCUAGCUCUCACAAGUGCCAAUCUUAGCGGACAACCCAGCAGUGUUAGCAUCAAAGAUUUCGAAAACCUUUGGCAACAUUGUGCCUACGUUUAUGAUGGUGGAGUUCUUCCUUCUGGCCGUGCCGGUUCAACAGUCGUUGAUCUUACAAACCCAGGAUCAUUCAAGAUUCUGAGACCUGGAAGUGCGAGACCAGAAACAACUGCAAUUCUUGAGAAAUUUGGAUUAGAAGAAGUUCCUUGAUGAUGAGAUUAUGGUGACAAUGAAGGGUUCCUCAAGCAGCUUAUUGUAACUCUUCAACAUGUAUUUUGUGUGGGAGAGAAGCAGCUCUAAAUUUGUAUUUUAACCCUUUUGAAGUAGUGUUUUUUACAGAUUGAGCCAUUAAGAAACUGCUUUAUGUAUUUGCUUUGUAGUUUUUGUUCUAUUCUAUUUUAUUUCCUUUAAGUCCCUUCA